AUGGAGAAACGAGCUGAGGACGUAGGAGAAGAAGAAGCGUUGGAGUUGAUUCCUGGCUAUCCCAUUAUAUUGGUGGACGACAAGAAAAGCUUCUGCGAACUGGUAUCUCGACUGAAGGACCAAGAUUUUAUUGGCAUUGACUCUGAAUGGAAAGCACAGUAUCUGUUUCCGAACGAAAGUGUGGCACUUCUGCAAAUUGCAAUCAUAGAUGGCGUUUACCUGGUGGAUUUCUGCGCCCUUGAGAAUAGUUUGACAGAGAAUGAUUGGGAUGCGCUACUACGUUCACUUCUAUGCAGCCAGUCUAGAAAACUUGGGUUUGACCUCGGUAACGAUCUACGGGCUCUGUUUGCUGGUGCUCCUACCGGAAAUGUGCAGUCCAUAGCAGAUAACCUCUGCAAUGUCGUGUGCUUGAAGCGUCUCGUUGAAAAUGUGAGUUUUCUCUCCGUUUGUUAG